AUGGUGCCGGGAAGCCUCUUGCGAAGAGUCCUGCAACUGCUGCUUCUGCCUCGGCUCAUUGAGACAAAGGAUGGCUCGUCCGAAGUUGACCUUGAGAACUCGGGAGCACCUCGCGUUCGACGACUUCAGUUUGCACCAGCGCAUUCGCGCCUGCCCAGUUUCAGCCAAGACGCUGAAAGCCUGCGGAAAGAAGCCCAGGUGAAGUUCAGAACUGCAGAGGAGGUCGCCGGCGUGUCCAAGAUGCAGAGUGAUGCAGCGGAUCUUCGACUUGCGGGUGAUCCUCGUAAUGUACCUGGACCCGAUUGGCCGGCACAGACGCAAGAGGAGAGCAAUGAGGCAUGGCCCACUGGCCACCAGCCUGCAUCGCUUGCCGCAUGGUCGGUAAAGCAUGGAAAGCUGUCUAUGUGCUGGCAAUCCAAGGUUCUCCGAGAUAUGGAGCAUGGUUGGCCAGGACAGUGCGUUGGUCUACUGCUUGUUCAAGCGACUACAUUGACGACAUGCCGAAAUUCCUGCUUGAAUGAUCCAAGGUGCUCAGUGUGGCAGUUCAAUCCUGGUCAGAUGAACGGUGGCUGUUGGCAGGGCCAGGGUCACCACUGCGAAAGCCGCAACGGGUACAACGCGGUCCAGUUUUCGGGAGGGCAGCGGAUCCAGCACGGCAGCAUUCGUGUCAUGAAGCAGAUGAGUGGUAUUGAAGUGCAUGGUCUCCGCCCAAUCGGAAAGCUGGACAGUGAUGACCAGAGCACGAACAUCGAAAGAUGCAGGAACGUGUGCUAUUCAGACAUUCUCUGUCAGUACUGGCAGUACAGGGAAGACGGAUGCCGAGUCGAAGACCCCACGUAUAGUUCUGUGCAGUAUCCCUUGACGCUCGAGGGUGGUGCCAGCAAGACCAGUGAGUAUGCCAGAAGAAUUCUGGCGGGCGAGUACAUCCAGCACCUAUGUCCACCCCGAAGCCAGCCGGAGUUUCGCGCUGCUUUGCGCAAGGACCAUCCAGAUCCUUUGGGGGAGUAUGCCGCCUGGAGGUUAGUGCCGUACGGGAUUCUCCUGGCAUUGGUCAUCCUCACGCUCUUUUGCUUGGCGUUUUGCAUCAUUGACUAUCAGGACCUUUCUGAGGAGGAGCACAUGACAGGAGUUGGAGCUCGAAGGACAUCCUCACGAAGUCGGAAAGAUGCGACCCGACGAGGCACAGAUAGUUCCUUGGCGAGGCAAUCACAGAGCCCGUCAUCCAAAACGGCGCAGGCUCCGCUUCCCAUGCAGCUGGCCUCGCUACCGCAGCGGAUCUUCUCUCCACCGCAGCAAGCUGCCUUUGGGUUUUCGCCUGCCAAUGUGCCCGUUGCGGGCAUCCGGCUGGCACCAUCGCAUCAACCACCUAGAGCCGUCUAA